AUGGCCUCUGGCACGGGCUCCUACAGCCAUCCUCUCUCCAAGUCUACCGCGAUACCCAAAGCAUCUCCCAACCCUACCCUCGCGAACUCGCCGUCGCAAGCCAGGCCGAAUUCUCAAUCCUCCUCUCACUCUUCCUCGUCAUUCUCUGCUACUCCUCGUAUAGGCCAAUACGCUGCGCCCAAGUCCAUUCCUCUAAAACGCUCCUUCUCAGAGGCUCAGCAUGAUCCCAGUCCCGCCCACUCUUCUAGGACGCCGUCAAAAGAUGCGGAACAGUUAAAUGCCAAUCCCCAACUCCCCGUCAAAUCCACAACCGCUAUUACAGUGUCCAGUUCUCAGUCUCCCCAGACGCCGCAUCGAAGGGUUUCGAUGUCUACUGCAGUUGAGGAACCUCCGCUUAAGCCAGGAGAAGCGCCCGUGCUGGCGACCCACCCGAACUUGAUAGCGCAGUUGAUCGCCAGAAAAAGAGCGGAAAAUGAGGUUCUGGGUAACCGAGAGCGAUGGGCCCGCAGACAACGGGAAUAUCGAAUGUCUCAAUCUCCAGGGGUCCAAUCGGUGAAUGAGGUUAGUUCUCAAGUCGCUCACAAUGAAGUGCCCAACGCGCCGACGACAAUCUCAAAUCCACCCCAGGCCCGAUCUGUGUCGACCAUACCGUCACUGAAACCCGUGACCUCAAUUGUGUUCGACACACAAACUCCAGCGGCCGAGACCCCCUCAACGCCUGCCACAGAAGACUCCGUCAAGCCAAACGAGAAUACCAGUGAGCCGCGGCACUCGAACGAUAACGACUCUUUUUUCGGAUCUCCCUUCUCAUCGCCAAUUGUUGAAUUUCUUGAAAAGGCCACGGACAAUGCAGGGUUGAAAGAAUCAGUGAAAUAUCACGGGCAAAUGUCCACCAAGACUGUAGGCAUAGGCGCGGCGCCCAUGGCUCAUCCUGACGGCGCUGCCAAAGCCGCUGGCUCUACAGCAGCAAUCAACAAAUCCCAGGAAACGUCAGUGAUACCUCCACUGUUCUCGGACAAGCCUUUGACGAACCGGUCUCAAUCUCAACCUUUCCGUACGCAUUUGACGCAGAAUCCAUCGGUAAUCGUGCACCAGCAAGCUCAAACGGAUUCAUUGACUCCAGUCCAAGGCCAAAUGGCUCAACACCAACAAAGAGGUGGACCGCCACAGCUAGCGCCUCGUCAGCUGCCUGCACCGAGGGCUGUUCCCUUCUACCCGCAGAAUAUGGCCAUGUCGGGCUUCUAUAGAAUGGGAAUGAGCCAAAACUGGCCGGGAGAUGGCAGCAACUUUGUCCCGACUCCCGUAUCGACGGCUCCACCAUCUCAUGCUUAUGGACAACAAAUGUCGCCCGCAAGCAUGGCCUAUGGCCCAUAUAGCAUAGGUUCGAUGGGACCGUAUGGGGUGGCACCGGACCUUCCACAGCCACCCGGACCGCUCCGCACGUACGGAACUACAAUGGCGGCGACGACGGCUGCAGGACAGACAAAGGAGCAGUCAAUGGAGACGGGGCACAUGACUACCGCAGAUAUGGUUGCAGGGAUGAAUUCAAGGCACAUUACUACCGCAGAUAUGGUCGCCGGGAUUAACACAAGGUUCAAAAUUGCGACGAAGCAUCAAUUCAGCGUUCCAAAGAGGUAG